UUAGGCAGAGUUCUAUUAGGUAGAGUCCUAUUAGGCAAAGGAAGGUAAUAAAGAUUACUUCAUAUUUAUGUUUAUAAUGAAUGAAUUAAUCAAUAUUUCUCUCGCUCCAGGGAGGAUGUUCGUACGGCCAGUGUGACAGCAGUAGGAGGAGUCACCUGUCUGGUUGUUGACAGAGAGUGAGAGACCCCAGGAGAGAGAUGGAGAGAGAGAGAGAGAGAGAGUGUGUGUGUGCAUGUAAUUGAAUGGUUCUUCAUUGGUUGAUGUGGGGUUGUGUUCCAGGUCAUUCAUGCAUCUGAUUGGAGGGCUGGAUGAUGUCAACAGCAGACAGAACGAGAGUGAUGAGCUCAAGGCCAAGUUGGAGGCAGAGGCAGGGUUUUUCUGCAGUGUGUCUCUUACUGAUAUCCAUGUCAUCUGCACCCUCGGACUAGGAGGCUUCAGUCGCGUUGAGCUGGUUCAGUUAAAUAGUGACACCAGUCGGUCGUUUGCUCUGAAGGUUCUAAAGAAGCGUCACAUUCUGGACACCAGCCAACAGGACCACAUCCUCUCAGAGAGACGCAUCAUGAUGGAUGCACACAGCCCCUUCACCAUCAGGUUGUAUCGGACGUUCAGGGACUCUAAAUAUCUGUACAUGCUACUGGAGGCCUGUCUGGGAGGAGAACUGUGGACUCUACUGAGAGACAGACAUGAUCUGUCACAUGAUCUUAAUCUGCAGUCACACAGAAACAGGAAAUGCUCCCAAUGUAGUGUGUGUGUGGGGGGGGGUGUGUGUGGGUGCGUGUGCAUGUGUGUGUGUGUGUGUGUGUGUGUGUAUCAGGUGGAUUUUGGCUUUGCUAAGAAGGUGGAUCUUGGUCAAAAGACGUGGACAUUCUGUGGGACUCCAGAGUAUGUGGCCCCAGAAAUCAUCCUGAGCAAGGGACAUGAUGUCUCCGUUGACUGCUGGUCCCUGGGGAUACUCAUCUACGAACUGCUCAGCGGCAGUCCUCCGUUCUCUGGUUCUGAUCCUAUGAAGACCUAUAACAUCAUCCUGAGAGGAAUUGACAUGGUGGAGUUCCCCAAGAAGAUCUCCAAGAGUGCUGCCAACCUCAUCAAACGCCUCUGCAGGGACAACCCAUCUGAGAGGGUGGGGAACCAGAAGAACAGGGUGAAGGACAUCCAAAAACACAAGUGGUUUGAAGGUUUUAACUGGGAGGGACUCCGACAGGCAACUCUGGCCCCUCCCUUCACUCCUACUGUAUGUACACACACAUACACACACACACCACACAGACACACACACUCAGCACUAUCUCCUCUCUCCCAGGUGAAGGGUCCACUGGACACUGGCAACUUUGACUGUUUCCCUGAUGACAACGAGGCCACGCCCCCAGACGAUGAGUCUGGCUGGGAUCUGGAGUUCUGACUGAACACCACACAUUGAGUAUACCAAACAUUAGGAACACCUUCCUAAUAUUGAGUUGUGUCAAGUUGG